CACGCGCCUUCCUUUGCCAGUUCGUCCGGCCACUCACUCGAGUGACGACCGCUUCAAUGAGCGUACGCCGCGCGCGCGCACCAUCCACGAUUUCAGAUUUCUAAACGUGACUCAAAAUAUUGUGUUGUGCCAAAAUCGUGACAGACCAACGACACCAUUGAAUGCGACGAAUAAGUGAUGCGAUAAUCUGAACAGUGUGGAAUCAAAACAUGUGAUGUUAAAUAGCAUUUGUGCGAUACCGGUGAAGUAAACGGUGUUCGUAUUUUAUGUAAGCCCACAAUGUGCUGGCCGGUGCGAUGAGCUUGGUGGCGUUGGUGGCGCUGGCGCUGCUGGUGAUGGCGAGCUCAGCAAACGCCCAGCUUCCACCGGCGGACGCGCCGCCACAACUCAACGACACACGAUGCGGCACAGAGUGCGUUCGUUGCGGUGCGGACGGGUGCGUGAAGUGCCUUAGACUCUUGGUCUGGCCGGGCGGCACAUGCACACACGAGUGUCCCUCUGGUACCAGGGAGUCUUGGGCGCAUGAUGACCACCUCAUGGGCCGAAUCUGCUAUCCUGGUCACGCUUAUAAUGAGCUGCUGGUCGGAGGCGCGUGUGGUGCCGUACUGUGUGUCGCGCUGGUCGCAGCAGCGGCUGCGUACGCUCGUUGCAGGAACAACGCGCGUGCCCAAGCGCAACCGCUGCCCCAGCGUACGAACCACGACGACGACACGCGACUACGGGAGUUCCACAAACAACUUGAUUGCUUACGUCCUCAUGCCUACACACUCCUAGCGAUAUUGAAUCACACGAGGCACCAGGUGCGAGAACUUUAUCAGCUCGGAAACAACGACGCUGCAAUGGCUUACAGUUGCAUACUGAGUGAUCUGGCGAAGCUGCUUAUAUUGUUAAACAAACAACACGUACCAGUGGUGCCGGAAGAAUGGCCACGUCUCGCCAGUUGGGCUGAACGAAUUCUUAAAAGGUACAGUCGCAACAGACAACAGCCACAAGCAGGGCAACUCGUAAAUGUCUUACCAACGCCACCGAGUCACAGCUCUGACUCGGAAACAACGCAACAGUCGUUUUCCACUUUUAAACCACCGUCAUAUUCCCCCACAUCAUACGACAGUAAUAUAGAUAAAGUAUCAGAAAAUCAGUCCGAAUGGAAUGACGUCAGACCACCGAGCUACUCCCAAAUAGAACGCGAAGCAAUAGUCCUCUCCGAUCAUUGGGAGAGGAGACCCAUUGUGAGACGUGAAAGUGUAUGGCUAGAAGAUGAAUUAUUCGAAAUGACGAGGCGGCCUCAAGAUGAACUCACCACUGAACUAUGAUUUUUUAUGACUUUUACCCUUAUGGAUUUCCAUAAUUACCAUUCCAAGUCUGAUAAGUACAAAAUAUAGUUUAAUUAAUUUAAAUGUAUAAAGUUUACUACUUGCAUGUAGUUUUUAUACGAGAUUUGUUUCUAAUAAGCUAUUUAAGCUACUUUUGUUAAUAUAUUUUGUAACAAUUAGGUUAUAAAUGUAUGCUUGUUGUGUGACAUUAAUGUAAAUAUUAAUAUAAGAUGUUGAUUGUAAAAUUAUAAUAAAAUAUUUCCGAAAGAAACAUCUGAAAUAAAGUUGAUU